AUGAAUGUGAUGAAAAACAAUUUCAAAAAUAAGUUUGUCAGUAACUCUUUUAUUAAUCAAAGUUUAAUUGAUGAAUAUUGCAUUACUAAUUCUGAUGGUAUCACUGAGUGUAAUGUUGAAAUUACCGGAAUUGAUCCUACCUCUUAUCCUGCACAUCUUGUUAGACCAAUCCCUCUAACUGAGAAUAUUAUUGCUUUUCCUAUCUCAAAUGGAGUGUUUCAUGCUGUUCAUGAACAACUCAAGCACUUCCCUGAUUGCAAUCCAUCUGUGAAUGAGUCAAAAUCAGAUACUGAUAGUUUAUCACCUAACACUGAUCAAACUCCUCCUGAUACUGAAUUCAGUCGUGACUCAAUGAUAAGCAAAAGGACUCAAAGCUCUCUUGGUGAAUCUUACAUGCAAUGUGUUGAAGAAUCCAUUCAUGUGAAGUUUGAUGAGGAAUCAUACACUGAUGAAAAAGUCACUCAUUCUCCUUCUAUCUUUCAAGAGCUUCUCUCUUGUCCAUUCGAUGAAGCACCUUCUGCUGAAGAUAAGACUGAUUCCUCUGAUCCUAUCAUUCCAGUUCCAUGUUCCUUGAAUCAAGAUAUUGCAGCCACAUCAGCAGAUAAUUCAUUAAGUGCUGAUGAAACCCUUGAAGCUGAAGAUUCUCCUGAAACUGAUAAUGUGUCAGUGUCUAUCUCUCCGGAAUCAGCAUCAGUCAUUGAACAUCGAGAUCAUCCUGUUGAUCGAAUUAUAGGGAAUAUUCAUGAUGGUGUCCGAACCAGAUCUAGUGCACUUAAUAACUUUUGCAUAAUUCUCAAAUACUCUCCAAUGGCGGCAUCUCUGUUCACAUACUCCUCAACCUCUCGAAGAGUCGUUCCUGCCCCAAACUCUCCUCCACUUCCAAUUCACAUCAAGGCAACCAAUGUCGUCUUCAACCCUGACAUUCCAGAGGUUCAUCGAGGUCUUGGACUCGAUGAUUUCGUCAAUUUCUUGGCUUCUUGCCGCCUUCGAUAUGCAAUCAGUGAUGUACCGUCCGAGUUCUUCCCUGAACAAGUAUGUGAGUUUUACUAUACUGCAACAGUUAAUGAAGAAAACAAUGCCAUCACCGGAACCAUUGGUCAUGGCAGACACUCUGUCUUCAUCACCGCAGAACUACUCAGUGCUGCUUUAAGGUUACCAAUUUUCGAACCCUUUUCUGAACCUCCAACUAUUGAAAAUUGCAUGACCCCAGGCUGGAAGUUUUUCACUGGUGCUUUAUGCAAGUGUGUGGGUCACAAGUCUCGCAGUGGUGAUCAAUUGAGCAAUUAUGAGCAACAAGUCGUCUGCUCCCUUCUUCUCAACAAAAGAUUAGAUUAUGGGGCACUAUUCUUUGAUCAGCUUGUUCAGCUUCUACGUGCAAAUGUGCGUGCUGAUCAUGUUCCCUUUCCACGCUGGAUUGCCCUGGUGUUCGACAAAUUCUUCGCUGCUGACUACUUUUCUCACUCUGGGAAUCCAAUCCAAUGCCCUCGAAUGUCCGUUCGUAUGUAUCAGGAUGAUCCUUUGGAUACUGACAUUGGAAUCUCCGAUAGGAUGAGAGAAUGGAUUGCCAAUCCAUACACUAUUCCUUCUCUCUCCACUGACACUGAUGAAGAAGGUGCUGAUGGUAGUCGUAUGGAUCGUGCUGAUCAAGAGGUGGAACAUCAUGAUGGCGGCCAUUUCUCCCCUCAACUUUCUCAUCACCUUACCUCGGCCACUGGCAACGCCUCCUCAGCACCACAGGAUUCCAUGCCUUUGGGGGGGCAACCAUCACAGGGGGAACAUCAGUCUCAGGGGGAGCAUCCAUCACCAGCACCUCACCACUACUCUCCAAGGAUGCAAUCUAGCUCUCCAGUUGCCCCAGGUACCUCAAUGGUUCAAAUUCCCGCUUCAUGA